GUGGAUGGAUUUGGCCAGUUGAUAGUGAUCGACGAGAGCUUUGAGGUGCUGUACAGGGCAUGGUGUGUGGCUGAGAUAGUUGAGGCGAAUGUGCUGAACAUCCCAGCCAGGAUCAAAGUUUAUUCGCAGAAUGCCGUGGACUGCAACUACGAUCGCCUGUCGCUGUUGGACGUCAGGGACUGUUCUGCUUCCUCGCAAGAAGACAAGGAUGUGAUCCUGCGAAAGAUUGUGGAUGUGGAUGCGUUUAAUUUGAAACUGCAACAGUUAGUGUUUAGUUCUCAGGGGCUUUUUUCGCACUGGGUUGACGGAAAAGAACGCAGUCGCCAAGUGGGUCGAAUCUGGCGCCGGUCCUCGUGUUCUUCGCGGGUCUUUGAGGAUGGAGACAGCAUCUGCAAAGACUCUGGCUGCGGCUGCUGUCACUUUCGAUCCAUGUUUUCGCCCUUUCGUUCAGAUGAAGGAUUUGAGGAUCAGUCUGAAACCUCGGACGAUUGUUCCAGCUCUUCCUAAGCUUCCGAACCCUGCCUGUGUGGCGAUGGAGCUGUGGACUAACGAGGCGGCACAAAGAUAUGCUGCCGAUUGGUCAAGAUGGCCAGUAACCAACCUUAUUCUGGAGAUUUUAUGCAAAUUUGUAAAGCAAUUCCAACAAUGUACAGGGUAAUUACAUCUCGCAAAAAAUA